GUUGUUAUUAUUAUUCACUAACCUUUUCUUCUCUUCUUCUCCCUACUCCUAUAUAUACAGAAAUAUUUUCAACCUCUUUCAUUUGUAUAUGUUCUUCUCUCUCGAAUUGAAUCCCGAGUCACCCAGUAAUUCCAGGGUGGGAUAUCAAAACAAAUAAUAAUUCGUAUCUCGAAACCCCAAAACUUUCCGGAAUCGAAACCUUUCACCGAAGAAGACAAGGGUUUCAAUGACUUCCGAGCUUACUUUCAGGGGUCAUGAGACCCAACCAAUGGCCGAUACCUACUCCCCCAAACCACCCAAGCCAUGGUUAGCCGUGACCCGUCCGAUUCGAUACAUCCUCCGCGAACAGCGGUUGACAUUUGUUCUCAUCGGCAUUGCUAUAGCUACUCUGGGUUUCACGCUUCUCCCGUCCAACCAAGCUCCCCAAAGGUACAGCUCCGCGAUCUUUGAUUCGUUCCCUGCCGAGCUCGAAUCGAGCCACUUGACUCAUCGCCCUGUGUACAACGAGCGUCGUUUCGGGAUUCAGAACUGGAAUUCCGGGGGUAAGAUUCCGUUGGGGCUGAAGAGAAAGGGGAAGCGGAUCGUUGUUACUGGCGGAGCAGGUUUCGUCGGGUCUCACCUCGUGGACCGUCUCAUGGAGCGUGGUGACAGCGUGAUUGUCGUUGAUAACUUUUUCACUGGAAGAAAAGAGAACGUGAUGCACCAUUUCGGUAACCCCAGAUUCGAGAUGAUCCGACACGACGUCGUCGAGCCACUUCUCCUCGAGGUUGACCAGAUCUAUCAUUUGGCUUGCCCUGCCUCCCCUGUCCAUUACAAGUUCAACCCCGUUAAGACUAUCAUAUCCUUUUUCCACAUUUAAUUUAAAUAUCGCAGUUUUCAAUUUUCCUUUCAAAUUUUAAAUCUGUUUCUCUGAGAUUCGAAAAUGGUGUUUUCGAUUUAUAUUUGGAAAAUCCUUAAUUCUUAUUCCCACAAGACUAAUGUGGUGGGUACUCUGAAUAUGCUUGGGUUGGCGAAACGGGUGGGUGCCCGGUUUUUGCUAACGAGCACCAGUGAGGUGUACGGUGAUCCUCUGCAACAUCCUCAGGUUGAAACUUACUGGGGAAACGUCAAUCCCAUCGGUGUCCGAAGUUGUUACGAUGAGGGUAAACGUACGGCCGAAACGUUGACCAUGGAUUAUCAUAGAGGCGCUGAUGUUGAGGUUAGGAUUGCCAGGAUCUUUAACACAUAUGGACCAAGAAUGUGCAUUGAUGAUGGCCGUGUUGUUAGUAAUUUUGUUGCCCAGGCUUUGAGGAAGGAGCCUAUGACAGUUUAUGGUGAUGGGAAGCAAACAAGGAGCUUCCAAUAUGUUUCUGAUCUGGUUGAAGGACUUAUGCGCCUCAUGGAAGGAGAACAUGUAGGACCUUUCAAUUUGGGAAACCCUGGUGAAUUUACCAUGCUUGAACUUGCCAAGGUUGUCCAGGAAACCAUUGACCCAGAUGCAAAGAUUGAGCACAGGCCCAACACAGAGGAUGAUCCACACAAAAGGAAACCAGAUAUUACCAAGGCUAAAGAACAAUUGGGCUGGGAACCAAAGGUGUCCCUUCGCAAGGGUCUUCCUCUUAUGGUCAAGGACUUUCGUCAACGCAUUUUUGGUGACCACAAGGAAGGUGGUUCGUCCACAACGGCUUAAUCCCCCAAGUUUGAGGAAAAUUUAUACUUUGAAGUGGUACCUGGGAAAAAAAUUUGUUUGCUUACUAGAAAAAAAGAGUACUCCUAGCUUUUCCCCUACUUCCAAAAGAUACAGUAACAGCAGAAGAGGUAGCACAGCUAUAUUGGUUAUCGUUCGGAAUAGAUCCUUUUAGGUGGUCCACUUGGCAUUUGUUUUACGUCUAUCUUUUGUAACCUUGUAUCAGUUACCCUCUUUAAGCUUCAAUAGACGAUGAGCUUUCUGAUUUUUAAAAUUCCUUGUUAUGGUAUUUAGCUUACACAUUCUUCCUACUGUAUAGCUACUCUUGACUUUUGAAAAAAGGUGGGGGACAAAAGUUGAGCUUUAAGCCCAACAAACAGAAUGAAAGAACAUUGUUUACUUCAGUAGUAGUUAAUAAUUUUUUGAGGAAAUAAACCAAAAGCCAAAAAUACCAAAACAAAGUUUAUCACU